AUGGAUGAUGCAAAUGUUGAACUCACAGCAACAUGCGACAGUGCGAUAAGUAUUUGGCAAAAGUUACUUUCUAUUUAUGAGCAAAGCUCGGGUCAAAGGCUUGAUCGCUUAAUGGAACAAUUUUUUCGAUGUGAAAGGGAUGCAAAUGAUGAUGUUGUCACACAUAUUGCCAAAUUGCGAAAGAAUUUUAGUGAACUUAACGAUGAACUUAAAAGAGUUGCUAAGACAACUCUUCCGAAUUUGCUACUAAUGAGUAGAAUCAUGUCAACCCUCCCAUGUGAGUACUUUGAGUUCAAGAGCGCAUGGGAGUCUAUUCCAAUUGAAGAUCGUUCUAUAAAUAUGCUGACAGAGCGACUUCGUCUAAUUGAAAUGGGAUGGCAACCGAAGAAGUCAGAUUCUACAGCUUUUCUUGUAGAAAAACAGGGCACAUUGCCAAAGAUUGUUAGAAGGCAAAUAAAUUGAAAGCCUCUGGUGACGCAUUUGUGUGCGUUGAAGGAGUGGAGGAAAACGAACUCUGGAUAGCUGAUAGUGGAGCGUCAGCUCAUAUGACCAGUUUUAAAAAUUAUUUUCUCGAUUUUAAGAAGUUUCCCUUUUCAAAGCCAGUGCAUGUCGGCAACAACAACACAGUUUUAGCUUAUGGACAAGGAACAGUAAAUGUUGAAAUGAAAGCAAAUGGAAAAUGGGUCAGCAACCAUUUGUCAGAAGUAUGGUAUGUACCUGAUGUGAGCAGAAAUCUGUUUUCUGUUAGUCAGACACUUGAAAAAGGUUUUGCUUUUCAA